GCGACACACAUAGCAAAGAGAAACAGAGAGAAGAAGAUAAAGCAAAAGCAUGGCAACGAUUAAUUCAACGGUCAUGAUUCUCUCUACCAAAUCAAUCCCAAAGAUCACGGGUUCACAACUCGGAGUUAAUGUUUCCGAUCAGACCGCCGGUUUCUCUCCCAACGUAGUGAAAUGCUUCAGUUCCUCCUCUUGCCGGAGAUUGAAGUUAGCGAAGUUGGUAUCUGCGGCUGGACUGUCGCAGAUCGAACCCGAUAUUAACGAAGACCCCAUUGGUCAGUUCGAGCUCAACAGCAUUGAAAUGGAGGAUUUCAAGUAUGGGUAUUACGAUGGAGCCCAUACUUAUUACGAAGGGGAAGUUGAAAAGGGAACGUUUUGGGGAGCCAUUGCAGAUGAUAUUGCUGCUGUAGAUCCUCCAUCAGGGUUUCAAGGUUUAAUCUCUUGGUUGUUUCUUCCUGCCAUUGCUGCUGGGAUGUACUUUGAGGCUCCGGGCGAGUACUUGUUCAUAGGUGCGGGUUUGUUUACAAUAGUGUUCUGUAUAAUAGAGAUGGAUAAACCAGACAAGCCACACAACUUUGAGCCUCAAAUUUACAAAAUGGAGAGAGGAGCUCGUGACAAGCUCAUUAAUGACUACAACACUAUGAGUAUUUGGGACUUUAAUGACAAGUAUGGUGAUAUCUGGGACUUCACCGUUGAGAAGGAUGAUAUAGCCACAAGAUAAGAUGUUGACUGUCAUAAAAACGUUGACGAAAUUUGAUGAAAAAUGUUUAUAAAUGAUGAAUGAAACGUGUUACUGUGUAGAGUUAUUAAUGUUCUUCUUGGUUAUCUUUCUAUGCUUUAUUACUCCCUCAAACCUUUCUAUAUUGUCAUCUGGUAGUGUUAGGUUUCUGUAAUUUCUUUGUUUAUACAGUUUACUGCAGCCUACAGAAUGCCCUUAAAGCUCUGUAUGGUAACGUGCAAACAAAUGCGGUACGGUUCUACUAGUAACGAAAAUAU